CAGAGAGUCCUGGGCGUCCUCCCAUGGCUCCGAAGAAGAAAUGUAGUUGCUUAUGGAUCUUAGGUCUGUGUCUGGUAGCCAGUAAAUCUUCCAAAGUCCCAAGAAUCACAGACCACAAAUUUAUAGACGAGUGCGUCACGGCUCACAACGAAUGGCGUAGCAAAGUCAGCCCCUCUGCAGGAGACAUGAAAUAUAUGAGUUGGGAUGAAAGUUUAGCGAAGACAGCUGAAGCUUGGGCAAAGAAGUGUCAAUUCAUGCAUGACAGCUGUUUAGAUACACCAUAUGCAUGUGAUAAAAAUUUUCAAUAUGUUGGACAAAAUAUAUGGUUAGGUGGAAUAAAUGGAUUUACAUCAAGAGUUGCCAUUACUAGUUGGUAUAGUGAAGUUGAAUCUUAUAAUUUUGAUAAUAUAUCAUGUUCCAAAGUUUGUGGACAUUAUACACAGGUAGUCUGGGCCAAUUCAUAUAAAGUUGGUUGUGCAGUUGCAGAUUGUCCUAAGCUUGAAGCUGCACUGUUUGUAUGCAACUAUGGACCUGCAGGAAAUUAUGUAAAUACUCGCCCUUAUAGGAAAGGAGAACCUUGUUCUCUGUGCUCGAAGGAAGAGAAAUGUGUAAAGAAGCUCUGCCGGACUUUAUUUUUGCCCAAUAAAAAUCCACUUCUGAUUGGGAAAGCACCUCAGCGGAUGGCCUUUAAUUCAUUCUGCCUAGCUUUUAUUCUUGUGAGAAUCUUUUAA